UCAGGACAAUGUGAAGAGCACUUCUUUUACCAAGCAACUGUAUGAGAGGAAAUUGGUUUCCAGUCAACACUCCACAUUGUCAGUGAUGUGGCUGACCAGAGAAGAAAAGCUCAUUUAAAACAGAGAGGAGAGUCACUCAGCUGGAUUUAUCAUGUCAGUAAAGCUCAAGAGGCUGAGCAGCAAAAAGAAAAAAUCUCCCAAGGACAAUGCCCAGACAGAGGUUUUAAAUAAGCUGGGUCUGGAGGCCUUCUGGACUACACCUCUGGACCCAGCAUCUAUGUUGGACAUCAGCACUUGGACUCUGGAGAACCAAGCCCCUCUAGAGCCUAAGGAUCUACCAAAUGCUUUCCUCCAGCGCCUUUGGUUGCUUAGCCCAGAUGCCCGGAGUCCUUGCUGCAAACCUUUGCAUGAUGUUCUAAACAAUGUCGACAAAUCACCCGAGGAGAUGAGUAGUGGUCUGGGAGAGGAAAGCCAGAGUGCCAUAAAUCCCCUUGAUCUAGUUACUGCUGUCUAUAUAUCUGCCAACACUUUCCUUCAGCAGGAGAUGACUAUGCGCAUGUUGCAGUGCCAGUUUGCUGUGCCACUGAUCCUUCCAAACAUUGAUCCAGAGGAACCUAGUAGCUUCCUUCUUUGGCCUUUGAGAGGUGCUGUGAGCCAGUGGAAGUCUCACUUUCCAGAUAAUGUGGAGGUCCAUGAGGGGGACUUGGCAAGUACAUACAUGCCAUUUGUUUCAUGUGUGAAGCUUGGUCACAUUUGUGUCUCUAAGUCACAGGUGCUGAACAAUGUUAUAAGUGGACUCAGAUCAUCCUAUGACACAUUUCUCCACAGGGGAAUGGAUGGAGGACAGCAGCCCCGUAGGCUCUCCAAUGGCCUGGUAGAGAUUGGAUGGUACCUACCCACUGGAGACACUGCCAGGGACAUUUUUCCUGUUCCUGUGGUCAUUUCUAACCUCCGUGGUGAUGCCAGCGCACAUGAGAAAAACCUCAGACUUCUAUGUCAAACCUCUUCAGCUGUGGUUGUUUUCUGUGGGAAUCUUAGGGAAAAAGAAAAACAACGUCUUGCUUCCUGCAAAGCUAUGGCAAGCAAGCUCAUAUUGAUUGACCUAUCAGACAAUGAGAAGAAUGAAAACAGAACUGUGGGGUUUGUUGGUCAGAACCUUGAAGAACACAUGGGCCUUCCUGGACAAACAGUGGUGCAAGGGCAAGAUUUGAGUGAGGAGGAACUGGCUAACCGGCUGUGUGAAACUCUAAAAGAUCUGUUACCAGAUGAGCUGCAACCUGUUACACUUGAGGCAGCAGCAAAAGUAGCAGAAGAGCUUGGCCUUAUUGUAGAUGAGGGGGCAGUCUGUAAAAAGGUCAUGCUCACAGUGGAGGAAGUAUUGAGAGGUUUAGAUGAGGGAUCUGCUCAGUUUAAGGAGAAACAGCUUCCUUUGCAGGGGCCUUUAUGGAGCAAACUUGCUGAAAUAGAAAAGAAGGAGAGUAAACAGAGAAAAGAAGGAAAAGAACUUGAUCCCCAACUAAAAAUUGAAAAGAAAGACAUCUUGGCAGAGUUGAGCAGCUACAAAAUGACCCCAGCAAUGAAGAUUUUCACUGAUGCGCUAUUCUCAACAGAUAAAGUAGAGAGGACUUAUUUCCUCAGUUGGAUGAGGCUGACGCUUCGCCUGAAGCAAAUUGAAAAACAAAGCAGUCCACAACAUCUAUUUCCAGACAUGCAUACAGAAAUGAAUGAUGGCAUGACAGAACAUUGUAAUGAGCUGCAAAAUGAAGUCAAUAAUAACGUAGAAGAUGAUGAUAGUUUCUGCACAGAUUCAACAUUUGAAGAGGAAAAAACCAAUGAGCUGCAAGUGCCUGAACAACACUUUGAGAUAGGCCAAGAACUAGAGCAUAUUCUGCAGGAGUCUACAGAAAAGACCACAGAACCACAGUCACAACAAAAAGAGCAUGAUGAUCCAGUCAUUAAGCAGAAGUUAUAUGUGACAUCUAAUGGAGAAGAGAUUCAAGGGGGAGAAAUUAUUGAAAACAACAACCAAAAUUCAGAUCCAGUGUUUAAGGAUCUAAACCAUCAUUUGGAGUCUGGAGAAAAUGAAACCUUAAGCUACCAAAGGAAGAAGCUCAGUGAACCAGAGCUGACACCAGACAAAUCUUAUUUGACCUCUUCUGCCGAACAACAAAUGUGUCAAGGUGUUUCCUUCGAAAAUCCACCAGCCUCAUGUUCACUGCCUUUUGAACCUGAUCCAUGCUGGCUGGGACUUGAGCACUUUUUGCGUGAGAUGGGCUUAAUUUUUGAGCUAACACACAUCAGUCCCAGGAGUGGGAGCCACAAUGUCUUGCGUCUUCCUAGCUUAGCUACAGACCUUCUUCUCUAUGGAGUUCCACUUGAACUAAUGGAUGGAGAUGCCUCAAACAUCCCUAUGUGCUGGCUGGGCUGUGUCUUUGCAGAGCUCAAACGCUGCCUACCUCAAGAACAGUGCAGGACCCGAGUGCUGACAAACCUUGGAGAAUCUCAUGGUAGGAAUGCUGAGGUUCUUUCUGCAUUAUUUGGGGUUAAAUUUCCUAAAGGAAGGAAAAGAUCCACCAGAGGGGUGUACAUGGUUGCCCUGCGUCUCCCUGAUAACCUCAGAAAGGACAUGGAGUGUGAUUUUCUGUUGUUGAUUGAUGUAGAGGGUCUCAGCUCAAUGUCUCUAGACAACAAAAGAAAUAUGCUGAUCCACGAUAAUGAGAUGGCCACUGUAGCAACAGGAUUAAGUGAUGUUUUAAUGCAGAACAUUUCCUCAUAUGCAGACGCUGAGUUUGAAAGCAACCUCACUGUCUUAGUCAGUGCUCUCCUACGCAUCAAAGAAUUUGGCUCAGUGCCCAUUUGCCAGCUCCUGACCCAGGAUGAAGAAAUAAACAGCAUAUUACAAGCUGCCCAGUUAAGGCGUGUAUCUGAUAUGCUUCAGACUAAAACUGAGGACAGAGGAACCAGCAAUGCUGAAAACCAUUAUGAAAAGAACACAACCUGCAUCACAUGUGUGAAAGGGCCUUGGAACAAGAUGUCCCUCUCUGAACCAGUUGAUAUCCAGUAUAGCAGCGCUGUGUUGAAGCUCAAGCAAAACCUGUUUGGGGCAUUGAAGAAGUGUUCAGCUAAGUCUGAAGUCACAUGUCUGUCUGAAUUUAUGAGCCAUUUGUAUGCUGUUUGGGAUGCAGUGAAAGCAGAAUCAUUCUCCAUUGGUCUGCAAAAUACUGACAUAGCUUUAGCAUUCUCCUUAUUGUGCACAGAGCUUUCCCAGUGGGAGCAAAGUUUCAUGGAACACAUGGAAAGCUGGUUUAGGGAGGCAACAAAGAAUAUCAUUGCAACAAAGACAAAAGCUUUGGAUGCUGCCGUCCAAAAUGUCCUUCUGAGCAAACUGAAGGAUGAAGCCAGAGAGGAAGUCAAAACAGAGGUGGACAAACUCAAGUCAAAAGUAGAGUCCUACUUGAUGAACAACAAUAUUCUCAAAAUCAACAUAUUCAGGGAAAUCUUAAUGAGCAAUAUGGAUGACCUCCAGGGAAGAGUAACUAAAGACAUAAUACAAAGGCUGGGGACAGUCAACGAAAGCCAUUGUUCUUCAACACAGUUGGAAAAGUUUGAGACCUUACUGAGAGAAGAACAGGAAUCACAGCUACAGGCACUGGUGGAGAACAGCAAGUUAACCAAAGUUCUCCUUAAAGAUACAGAACUCGAAGAGGUGUAUGAGGGUGUGUGGAAUAAGACAAUGUCCAACUUUGACUUCAGGCCUUCAGAAACCGAUGAUAUUACUGCAAGAGUGACAAAUAUUCUGAAAGAGAAUCUAAUCAGCCGUGGUCUCCAGAAACACAUGAAAAAACUUGAAGUCAUCACUCAAAAAUGUACAUCUAGCUUCCAAGUUUAUGAUGAGCACUUUGGAUACCGCAGCCGAUUGAAGCACAUGUUUGAAGACAAUAACCGACUGCAGAGGUUAGAAGCUCAUCAGGUAGCAUGCAAUAUCGUGGAAGAAUUUAAUCAGUUUGUAGAAAAUAAAUGUAGCUUACCAGCAGAUUUCUCUGAUAGCUACAUCACAAAAGUGUUAGAAAAUGUUGAAAAGGCUCUAAAAGAAAAACCAAUGGAAAUCAGAACAGCUUUUGAAGUGGAUCUGAAAGUUUAUCUCUGCUGCACUGCAUGCCAAGAAUUCCAAAAACUACAUGACCGCUUUGCUAAGGACAGUGAGCUUUUAAAAUGUAUUACAGCGGCCAAGAGUAUGUACCAGGCAGAGUUUAUCUACCAGUUCAGGAAGAGAGACCAGUGCCAAAGGAUGGCUCAAGCAUUUACCUCAAUGGUCAUCAAACCUACAGUGUUGGACUUCAUCUACAGACCACUGGGGACACAUAUUGUAAAAGAAAUCCAAGGUAAAGCCCAGCAGUAUCAGUCUCCACGUGCCUUCCACCAAAGCUUGCUGGAGGAGCUGAUAAAGGAGGACUGCUUUGAAAGCUUCCUUGAAUAUUUGCUUACCUAUGACAACUUCAGAGUGAGGAAGAUCCAGGAGACAGUGAUGGCUCACCUCUUUGAAUCAACCAACUUGGAUAAAUGGAGGCAACAGCGACUUGGAGAAAUUGUCGGAAAGAUUGCGGCAGCAGUGAGCCUAACGGCAGAAGGUACCAAUGGAGUACUGAGUGAUUCAAAGCCACUGUUGGAGAGAGUGUGCCUCAAUUUAGAGAGAGAUGGAGAUGUGGAGGUUCCCAGGGCCUUUCUGGAUGGACCUCUCUUCAGUAUCACCACGGAAUGGGAUCGUUUUGUCACAUGUCUAAUGGAGUUACUGGCUGCAUUGCGGUUGGACCUAGCCCAGGAGUUCUCCCAAAGUGUGGAGAUCACCAAAUUUCUUCAGUGCCUUCCAACUCAACCCCAAGACUCCAUCUUGAAGAGAGUGAGAGGGUGUGACCAUCAAUGUCCUCUCUGCAGAGCACCCUGUGAGCUGGAAGAGAUGGGGCACGAGGUUCACAAGGCUCUGCUCCACAGGCCGAAAGGCAUGUUGCCCCAUGACUCAGGUUCUUUGUCCUGUGCGGAUUUCCCUGAAAGCAUCACAGAAAGCCAGAGCAAUGACACAAACACCAUGUCUGUGGCAUGCAGAGGCCUGCAUUCCCUCUACCCAAACUGGAGCAGCAUCCCCGAGGAUCCAAACAGGCAGAUGCCCAGUGCUUACUGGAGGUAUGUGCUGUCGAGGUUCAAUGAGAGGUUUGCAGAGGAAUAUGAGCAGGAGCCCGGCGACAUCCCUGAGGAAUGGAAGAAGAUCACUAAGGAGGAGGCAUUAUGCAGUCUGAAGGACGCCUUCCUCACUGGACACGGCUGAUAUAGGGACCGCCCAGUGCUGCUGCCAUCUCUGUUAUCAUACAUGUGACACUGUGUUGAUAAUGUUCAUAUUUUAUCUGGGUUAUAAGUGUUUAUAUCUAACAAGGAUGUUGAUGAUAGUAGUAAUAGUGGACAGAAAGGAAAUCAAAUCCAUUCAUUCCAAACAAUGAUAAUGAUAAUGUGUUUUUUGUUAUUUGCCUUUUUUUUUUUACAUAUUUUUUUAUGUGAUAGUUCUCUGUAAAGUGUGCCUUUAAAUAUGUUGUGAAUUGUGACUCCUUUUUAUCUAACCUUCCACCACUGCUUCAUGAUCUGAAAAUAUGAAAAAAUUAAAAUAUAAGAAAUUGUAUUUUAAGAUAUCACAAUGCAUCCAAAGCCAACCAAUGACAAAAAAAACUGUGAUGUGUGAUGUAACGGUUUGUCUUUUAAGCCUUUCAUCUAAAAAGGAAUAUGAAUGUAUUACAAUGUGGAGCAGGACAACAAUGUCAAAUACCUCAGAAUCAAUACAUCAAAAACUGUGUCUCAUGUAAUUCUCACUAUUUAACCAGCAAUGUUUUACUGUAUGCCAAUUACUCUUGUUUGGAAAUUACUAAAUACAGUUUAACUGUUAGUUGAAGUUUUAUUGGCAGACAUGGGUUGUGUUUGAGUUUAUGACACUGCAUUUUAACAACAAAGAUGUGACAAUAUUUAAUUGAAACAUAAAUGAUUAAAAGAAUUGUCAAAGUAUUAAAAUACAAAAGAACAGAAAA